UGUUUUUUUCCAUCAUUCCACUUUCUUUCUCUCGUUUUCUGAAACCACUGUUCUUGUUUUUUUUUUUUUUUUCCCGAUAAUUUGUUCAGGGAACCGUAUCUUAUUCUCCGAUCUUUCCGCUUCUAUCUGAUUUUUCAGAUAUGAACUCAGGGUUUCAAUCUUAGGUUUUCCCUUUUUUAGAUUAAUUAAAGAGUUUAAAAUUUAAGAAGAAGAAGAAGGAAUAUGGAUUCUGCAAGAAGUUGGUUUCACAAGUUUCAACCACGAGAUAGGCCCCCGAAAAAAGAUAUGCGCUCCGGAAGCACUUGCGGCGGUGGCGUGACAGAAACCACCGUCCCCGACGGAGCAAACGAAACAGAAACGACGGCCAAACUUCCACCACUAGGCGGGGACGGAGAAGCACUCUCAAAUACAACCAAACAGAAGGUCGCCGCAGCCAAACAGUACAUUGAGAAUCAUUAUAAGGAACAGAUGAAGAACCUCAACGAGAGGAAAGAAAGACGAACAACGCUGGAGAAGAAGCUUGCAGAUGCAGAUGUAUGUGAAGAAGAUCAAAACAACCUUAUUAAGUUUCUUGAGAAGAAAGAAACAGAGUAUAUGAGACUCCAAAGGCAUAAAAUGGGUGCUGAUGAUUUCGAACUCUUAACUAUGAUCGGUAAAGGUGCUUUUGGUGAGGUUCGAGUUGUUAAAGAGAAGAACACAGGUCACGUUUUUGCUAUGAAGAAGCUCAAGAAAUCAGAAAUGCUUCGCAGAGGGCAGGUAGAGCAUGUAAGAUCUGAGAGGAAUCUAUUGGCAGAGGUAGACAGUUCCUGUAUAGUGAAGCUUUACUGUUCUUUUCAAGACAACGAGUACCUGUACCUGAUAAUGGAGUAUUUGCCCGGAGGCGAUAUGAUGACACUUCUGAUGAGGAAAGACACUUUAAGUGAAGAUGAAGCUAGGUUCUAUGUCGCUGAAGCUGUUCUGGCUAUCGAAUCUAUCCAUAAACGCAACUAUAUCCACAGGGACAUAAAGCCGGAUAACUUGCUGCUUGAUAGACAUGGACAUUUGAGGUUGUCUGAUUUUGGACUAUGUAAGCCAUUGGAUUGUAGUGUUAUUGACGGGGAAGAUUUCUCGGUAGAAUAUUCGGGUAACGGAGGAGGUUCAGAGAGGGAAGAGAGUGCAUCAACCGCUCCUAAACGCUCGCAGCAAGAACAGUUGCAACAUUGGCAGAAGAAUCGAAGAAUGCUUGCUUACUCAACCGUUGGUACACCAGACUACAUUGCACCUGAAGUCUUGUUAAAGAAAGGAUACGGCAUGGAAUGUGACUGGUGGUCACUAGGAGCUAUAAUGUACGAGAUGCUUGUUGGGUAUCCACCCUUUUACGCCGACGACCCAAUGUCUACUUGUAGAAAGAUAGUGAAUUGGAAAACGCAUUUGAAGUUCCCUGAAGAAGCAAGGCUAUCACGAGCGGCGAGGGAUCUUGUUGGUAAGCUCUUGUGUAGCGUUGACCAACGACUAGGCUCUACUGGUGCCUCACAGAUUAAGGCACAUCCUUGGUUCGAAGGUGUAGAAUGGGAAAAGAUUUACCAAAUGGAAGCUGCGUUUAUUCCUGAGGUCAACGACGAUUUGGAUACUCAAAACUUCGAGAAUUUCGAUGAGGAAGAUAAUCAAACUGAAGCACCCUCUAGAACAGGACCAUGGAGAAAAAUGUUAUCUUCAAAAGACAUAAAUUUUGUCGGCUACACAUACAAAAACUUUGAAAUCGUCAACGAUUAUCAAGUCCCUGGAAUAGCUGAACUGAAAAAGAAAGAGACAAAACCAAAGAGACCAUCGGUUAAGUCACUAUUUGAGAGCGAACCGUCUGCUGGUUCGGAGCAACAGACCAUUAACCGGAGCAUGUCGAACCCGACGCCUCCUGAAAUGGAACCCAACCUGAGGCGUCUAGAGUCUGAGUAGAUUAUGCCUUCUUCUAUGUCUCUCUCUAUAUACUAUACAUAAACAAAACUAAACCUGAAAUAAUAGUAAAACUUUUCUUCUCUAAUUUUCUUUUAUAUAUAUAUGUAUAUAUAUUUGUUUGUUAACCCUAAUUUGUAAUAGCAAAACACUGAUGUAAUUACAUGUAGGUGGUAGGACGUCAAAGAUGAAUCAUUGUCAAAUUACAAGUAUUUGUUUUUUUUUAA